AGCUGCACCAGUAUUGUUGGAUGAUGAAGGAAAAUGGACGUUAAAGGAUCAUAAAAAAGUUGAACUAAAUCAACUAGGAAUAAUUAUGAAAAAAAUAAAAUACUUGUUUGUCUUUUUUAUAUUCAUAGACUUAUUUAUCAUGGGAUGUAGAACUUUUGAUAUUUCUCCUGGCACAGCAAUGUUUAUAGAUCGAGCCGAACUAGUUUUCACAUUAAUUCUUGCGGCAGAGAUUAUUUUGAGAUUUUUUUCUUACGCUCCAAAAUAUCGGUUUUUUUUUGGUUCACGAGCGAAUACUUUUGACCUAUUUCUUGUCUUAGUUACAUGUUUUAUGCAAAUUCCACCUAUCAAGUCUUCCAACGCGUAUCCUUAUUUAACAAUAUUUCAAAUAGCUCGAGUAUAUCGUGUUGUUGUCGCGAUCCCUCGUCUAAAGAAUGUGUUGGUGAUACAAUUGUUACGUGGGUCAAUCCCUAGCACUGAUAGUAAUCAAAAUCCAGUAAUUAUGACUUUUAGUGAUAUCUAUAAUGGCUAUCUUGCUAUAUUUCAGCUUUUUUCUUCGAGUGAUUGGACAACUAUUCUUUAUAAUGUUUUUCAAUAUGAAUCUGUUAGCGGAUCCGUUGCUUCUUCUAUCAUAGCAGCAUUAUUUAUUUGCUUUUACACAGGUCUAUCAAAUUUCGUUCUCCUAAAUAUGUUUAUUGCUGUUGUACAAGAGAAUUUUGCAAUUGCAGAAGAAGAAAAGCACAAAAUUCAAGUAGAAUCUUUUCGUAGAAACGCAGAUCCUACUAUAAAGAAAGAUGUUGUGAUUGAAAGAUGGAACAUUUAUAGAUUUUUUAAAGAAAAGCCAAGAGCACUAGCUGUUGAAAAUAUUCCUUCUUCUCUAGUUUUACAUACACAAAAAAGUCGCGUCAAAGAACUUCUUGAAGAUGAUAACAAGAAGAGUAAAAAAACAAGAAAGCAUCACGGAGUAAUGGAACCUGCGGAUAACUUUAUAUUGUCCAUAAAGCGAUUUUUUGGAUAUAUAGACACUGAUAACGGUCCAAUACAUGAAUCGGAUAUUACCCGACAUAGCGUGCAAUAUACGGAUUAUAAAGAAACUGCAUUCGAUCCGUUAAUUGAUCCAGUCAGUGAUAAGCAAGCUGAAGAAUUUAUAGAUACUUACCAAGAACGCCAAGCCUUAAAAGCUGAUUUCAUAGCCGCACAUCCAAGUUAUGCAGCAUCUCUUUGGUUUAUAUCUCCUCGUAAUCGAUUUCGACGCUUUUGUCAGUUACUUGUGCCCUCAAGUUAUGGAAAACGCAUCCAAGGAAUCCCACCAUCUCCAACAUGGAGUUUUUUAUUUAGUGCUUUCAUAUAUUCUUGUAUUAUAGCAAAUGUGGUUCUAGCCUGUAUAACAACUCCAGUAUAUCAAAAGCAAUAUUAUGAACAACACGGUGUUACGAGAUAUACUUGGUUUUGGUUCACUGAUCUCGCAUUCACUUGUAUAUUUACACUUGAGUUCAUUAUCAAGGUUAUUGCUGAUGGAUUUUUAUUUACACCCAAUGCCUAUAUGUUAAAUGUUUGGAACGUACUAGAUCUGUUUGUGCUUUCUACUCUUUAUGUUAAUAUUAUACUAAUUCCAACAGAUGAGUUCGGUAGUGCAAGGAUAAUUAGAUCAUUUAAAGCACUCCGAGCUUUGCGAUUAAUUAAUUUAUCAAGCCGCAUAAAGAAUACUUUUUAUUACAUUCUUAUCGCUGGUGCACCACGAAUUUUUGAUGCUUCAAUAUUAUCCAUUAGUUUAAUCAUACCAUUUGCCCUUUAUGGAGUAAACAUUUUCGCAGGUCUUCUUUACAAUUGUAAUGACAAUUCUAAUUCGAUAAAUGUUAAUACAGAUUGUACGGGCGAAUAUAGUCAAACGAUUCUCAAUUGGAAUGUUCUCACUCCAAGAAUUUGGGAAAACCCAUAUCAUUAUAGCUUUGAUGAUUUUAAAGCAGCUUUAUUAAUAAUCUUUGAAUCCUUGUCUAAUGAAGGGUGGAUAAACGUUAUGUUUAAUGUAAUGUCAAUCACUGGAUAUAAUAAUCAACCUCAACCUAAUGCGUCAAAGUGGAAUGGAGUAUACUGGCUUGUCUUUAAUUUAGUUGGAACAGUAUUUGUAUUAACAUUAUUUAUUAGUGUUGUUAUAUUGAGUUUCCAAAAAAAAUCCGGAUUAGCGUAUUUAACACAAGAACAAGUUCGUUGGUUAAAUCUUGAAAAAUUAUUGAGGCAAAUUAAACCAUCAAAAUUGCCAAAAGUUAGACCACUUAAUCGAUUUAGAGCUUUUUGUUAUGAUUAUGCUAUUGAAAAGAGAGGAGCUUUAUAUAAUAUUAUGACUGGACUUUAUGCUAUACAUAUUAUUUUGCUCAUGACAGAAUUUUUCGGAGCUCCAAAAGGAUGGGAAAUAACGAGAAACGUAGCUUUUCUUAUCUUAAUUUCAGUGUAUAUUGUUGAAGUUUCAAUGAAAUUAGCCGGUCUUGGAUGGAAGGUGUUUCGUAGUAACCCUUGGAAUCUUUAUGAUUUAAUCGUUAUUACUGGAACUACAGUUACAACAAUACCAGCUUUAGCUCCUAGUACUACAUCUGACGCGACUGUUCAAUUGCAAAAACUCUUUUUAGUCUUAGUAACGGUUAAAUUAUUUCAAAAAAGUGAUCCUAUGAAUCAAUUAUUUAAAAACAUGAUUGCGAGCGUACCACCAAUCUUUAAUUUAUUUGCUGUCUGGUUUAUUAUUUUUGUAAUAUACGCAAUCAUGUAUAUGGAAAUUUUUGGCCUUACAAAAUUUGGUCAAAAUGGAAAUAUGCAUGUAAAUUUUCGUACUUUUGAUACUGCGAUGUUGACACUCAUAAGAAUGUCUACGGGUGAAAAUUGGAAUACUAUUAUGCAUGAUUACACAGUAACAGAACCGUUCUGUGUUCAACAUCCAAAUUAUUUAUUAUCGGAUUGCGGAAGUCCUGCAUGGGCAUAUUUCCUUUUUAUUUCAUGGAAUGUUUUAUCAAUGUAUAUAAUAUUCAGUAUGUUUGUUGGGGUGGUCGGCGAUAGUUUUUCAUAUUUUUGUGAAAUUUCUGGAAAUUAUUCUUCAAAAGCUUGGGGAGCUGUUGAUGUUGGCAGAACAGGCUAUAUCAAAAGUAAAGACUUUAGCAAGUUCUUUGGUAAACUUGAAGGAAAUUUUAGAAUUAAAAUAUUUGAUGACGAAUUUCUUAUCCCAAAUUUGAUGAAAAAUUCAAGGAUUACUCGUAGAUUAUCCGAAGCAUUGAUGACUAUUGAAAAAGAUGCAUUGGGGAACGAAAAGGGAAUCUCAUUUACUAAUAUGCUUUUAUUGUUAGCUCAUUAUAAGCUGAUAGAUGAUGAAAAAUGUUUAGAAAUUCACGAAUAUGUUAAGCGACAAACUAAAUUGAGAAAAGUAAUUGAUAGCGUUAAUCGUGAACGAGUAAAAUCAUUAUUACGUACAAUUUUAUGGCGUAAAAAGUUUAGAGCUUUUAAGAACUUAAAAUCUGAAAGGAUAAAUGAUGAUGAUACAGUACCUCGUAUCACGGUUAAUGAUGAUCCCAACGCGCAAAUGCAGUCGCUAAGCGUCGAAACAACGAAUAUUAGUCAACAACAUAUGUCAAUUACUUCGCCUUCAGAACGGCUUUCAGCUCGUGAAACUUUAAAUAUAGAUGCACCUGAAUUUAGACAGUCAACGGAAUCUCUUGGUCUUAGAACACGUUCAUUUGAUCAUUCAUCAGGGGAAUUUUCGUUGUCAUCUGGAGAUGAAUUUUUUUUAUUAACUAAUAAUAAUAAUGUGUGGAGUGAUAUUGAUGCUAAUACUGAGAUGGAUGAACAAACUGCUGAUCAAAUUCUAACGAGUCUUCAAAGUAAUUACUGGCAUGAUACUCUGCGAGAAAUGUCACAAGGAGAUUCAUCUAGAAAUCAAUAA